AUGGCGAUGUUUUACAGCCGGAACCGGUCUAAUGACAGCAACGGAAACCUGACUGACGUGGUAUACUAUACAGAAGAACGGGACUUGGUCCGCGUUGCGCUAAUAGGAGUAUUACUCAGUAUAACGAUUGUUGUGACUGUUAUUGGAAAUGUAUUCGUUUUCCUUAUCAUGAUGAUGUACCGACAUCUCCGCAACGCUACCAACCUGUACAUGGUGAGCUUAGCUGUAGCCGAUCUGCUUGUCGGAAUAUUUGUCAUGCUACCCAGCAUGGUGGACGAAAUAGCGGGUGGGUGGAUAUUAGGCGAUAUAAUGUGCCGAUUAUGGAUUAUCAUGGACGUGCUAUGCUGCACAGCGUCUAUAAUGAAUCUGUGUAUGAUAUCAGUGGAUCGAUAUUACAUCGUGUCUCAUCCUUUCCGAUAUGCCGGGGAAGGUUCUCUACGACGGGUACAGAUAAUGAUGUUAAUCGCUUGGUUGGUAUCUAUCGUGGUCUCAGUCUUGCCAAUCAGCUUUGGUUGGGCGUUCGAACUACCACCCAUGGAAGUCGUACAUGCUAAGUGUAUCUUUGUUCCUAACAAAAUUUACGCGGCGACUGCUUCGACAAUAUCGUUCUAUAUACCUCUUUUAUUGAUGAUUUUUGCGUACCUAAAAAUUUUCAAAAUUGCAAGAAUACAGGCGGAGAAAAUUCAGGAAUUCGAGCGUGAGCCGGUGACGUUUACAUCGGGAAGAAGAAAAACCUUAGCCAAAUUUUCUAUUAAUUUCAAACGCGAGAGAAAGGCACUUAGAACGCUUGGCAUUAUUAUGGGCUGCUUUCUUUUAUGUUGGUUGCCGUUUUUUAUUACAAAUGUUGUGAAUCCAUUUAUUAAUUAUACUGUAUCGCCAAUCGCAUUUACCAUUAUGACAUGGAUUGGCUGGGUUAACUCGACGGUAAAUCCGCUGCUGUAUUCCGCGCUGAACAAGGAAUUCCGACGAGCGUUUCGCAGGAUUCUCCGUUGUGAUCGAUGCGACUGUACGUCGCAAUCACGGAUGAAGUCGACGUUCGUUAGCCUAACUGAGCUACCAAACAACACCGCGGCACACUCAGUCACUGUUACUACUCCGGACAAAAAGAAAGAAUUCCGGUUCGCGAACGGUAUUUUAGAAGCUCACACAUCAAAGGCAGUUCGAUUCGAUUGCCAUUAUUCGGUUAUCACUAACUUUGGAAAGAUUUGA